AGUUGUACACUUCCGUUGGUUAAUAUCCGUUGUGUGAACUGUAAUUUGGGUAGACGAUAGUGAAACGUUGGAGUUAUGGAUUCGGUUAAUUCCCCAUUUAAUGCCAAUAUAUAUGGCACUCAGAGUCUCUUCUCUCCGAUGGCUGUUACAACAUCGGGUCAAUCAAAUCUCUCUCAUGGACCUUUGACUCCAUCAGUUCCAACUCCUGGCGCGCCUACUCCAGUUGCAGUCGCAACUCCUGUUGUAGCAACACCAUCGGCAGCAACACCUAUGCCACCUACUCCACAAAUUCCGUCCGUUCCAGCCCACUCCAUCAAUGCCUCAACUCCUCAACUUUCGGUAGCUCCAGCAACUCCUGCAACUCCUGCAGUUGAGUCAUCUGGCAUUAGACCUCAACUGCAAAAUAUUGUGUGCACAGUUAGCUUGGGUGUAAAACUGGAUUUAAAAAAAAUUGCUCUUAAAGCAAGAAACGCAGAAUAUAAUCCAAAGCGUUUUGCUGCAGUUAUUAUGAGAAUUCGUGAUCCUCGAACAACCGCAUUAAUAUUCAGUUCAGGUAAAAUGGUGUGUACUGGAGCGAAAAGUGAAGACUCUGCCAAAUUAGCAGCCAGAAAAUAUGCUCGAAUUAUUCAAAAAUUAGGUUUUGAAGCAAAAUUCUUAGAUUUUAAAAUUCAAAAUAUGGUCGGCAGUUGUGAUGUCAGGUUUCCUAUAAGACUUGAGGGUCUGGUUUUAACUCAUCAGCAAUUUUCAAGUUACGAACCAGAGUUAUUUCCUGGCCUUAUAUAUAGAAUGGUAAAACCACGUAUUGUUCUUUUAAUAUUCGUAUCAGGAAAAGUUGUUCUUACAGGUAAUUUGAAAUUGUUUUACUAUGCUGAAUCAAUUAAAUUCUUGGUUUGUGUAUACAGGGGCGAAAGUCCGUAAAGAAAUCGACGAUGCCUUUGAAAAUAUCUACCCUAUUUUAAAAAAUUUUAAGAAAUAGCAAAUUAGACGCCUUGUUAACCUCCUCUCCGACUUGACCUUGUACAUAUAGGUUAUAUUAAAUUGUAUUUUUAUUAAAUAUGUUUGUAUGUAACGAAAUAAUUUUGACUGUUUAGGAUAUGACAAUAAUUGUUACAUCUCUUAAUUUGUGUCAACCUAUAUCGCCAUAAACAUUGUACAAAAAUCGAUUUCUAUCAUUUCAUGUAAAUUAAAUAUUUGUAUUAUAUUAUUCAGUUG